UUCUGACGUCACGCUGCGUCACUCACAGGCGUAAAGAAACACGGUGCUUGUUGUCUGUGUUAAUGGCGUUUCUGGGGUGAAUUCAACCUUCAUUGCUGACAGGAGAUCAGGCAGCUGCCUCUCAUCCUGACCCUGAACACACCACGGUGGGGAGAACCCGGAUUAGGAAGCCUGUCCCCCUGAUAGACUUGAAGUGACAGCCCUGACCUGGAUAACGGCUGUGCCUCUUGUCCCGCACUGAGGCAGGCUUCUCCAAGCAGAAGGACUCACAGAUACACCAGCGGACAGACGCCUGUGUCAGCAGCCCAUCAGCAGCCUGCGGCUUGAAUAGUAGCAGCGGCGUCCAACACUGCAUCCACACCGUCCUCCCUCAUCUUCCUCGUCCCUGUCACUUCUGACAUGGCAGACCCCAGCCUCACAUCGCCGUCUAGGACCCCGCUGCGCUCCCCCAACACCUCUCUCAGCCUCUCCUUCCCCUUCCUGAGGGAGGGGAGUCGGGUAUGGGAGUCGGGGAGAGAGCAGUCGCUGCCUCGGGAUUUGCCCAGCCCGUUGCCAACCAAACGCAACCGCACAUACUCAGCUACGGUACGCGCUCAAUCAGGUCCCGUGUUUAAGGGCGUGUGUAAAAACUUCUCCAGGUCACAAGGUCACGGCUUCCUCCGACCCUCCCACGGUGGCGAAGACAUCUUUGUUCACAUCUCAGACAUCGAGGGGGAGUAUGUCCCAGUAGAGGGCGACGAGGUCACGUACAAAGUGAGCCGGGUCCCGCCCAAGAACCUGAAGGUGCAGGCAGUGGAGGUGAAGAUCAUACAUCUCAACCCAGGGACGAAACACGAGACCUGGUCUGGCCAGAUCAUCAGCUCGUAGACCUGAACACCGGGCCUGGUUGGUCGCACAGGGCAGGGCUGGGAGGGGGAGGAUGGACCUGUCGUAUGACUGAUAACUUACAAUCUGUGCUAAAAUCCUUUCUUUAAAAACAUGUUUUAUCUACACAGCAAAGUGCCCAUGAUAAUUCAUGUGUCGUUGGUAUCCACUCGCAGAGCUGAGGCCCCAUUCAAAGCUGUCCCCUGCACUGAUGAAUUUGCUGUGUAUGUAAGACUGACUAUUUAUUCACUGUUAGGAAAAAUACACUUUUAUUUAAUUUAUUUUCAUUUUUGUCAUGACAGCAGUUAUAAAAGUCAGAUUUAAGAUGGUAGGGUAAAGUGAUCGGCGAAGGAUCAAGCCUGAAAAAAGGCUUUUGGGCCCCAAGAUGAGCUGUGUAAAGUAGGAAAAACUGGUAAAGCUGUGGACAUAACUGUGUUGCAGAUCUGCAAACUGUGUCAUGACAGCUGAGUGUAUGUGCAAGGAAGAGAUCGAUGCAGGACAGAAGGCUGAGUUCAGUUUUACUUCCCUUCUUUGCCGCUGUUAUGCACUUGUUUACUUCAGCAGCGUUUCCAAGAUCACAUGUGUGGGUCAGAUUAUAACAGCCUACACAGUUCAGACUUUGGACAGAUGAGAAGUAACUGUGAAUUCAAGAACAGAAUAACGGACGUAAAAGCACGUAGUUAAGAUAAUUGAAGUUGAAGUGAGUUUUGAAGGAUUGUGUGGUUGAGUGAACGGAAGUUGAAAUGGCAGGUUGACCAUCCUUACAGCAGUAAAUCACCGCUACCCAAAUUAAAUCAACCCAAUGAAGAAAAUCCCUAAAUAUGAAUAGUUCUAUGUUUGCACCCUAGACAGGACGUCUCAUGAGAUCCUUUUGGGAUUAAGGUCACCAGUUUAGAAACAUGGCUAUAUAGGGCAAAAAAAGGGGAACUUUUAUUUUGAAAUAGAGAGGGUAAUAUGCUGAAGUGAUAGUGAGUUCAAAGUUAGGAAUUCAGUUUGUAUUCAACAGAAAAAGGAGGGAGACCAGGAGUAAAACAGGCAUAUCACAUUAAACCAAGCAUGGAUAUUUCAAAAGUAUGAAAAAAAAUACAUAUCUUACUGUGAAUG